AUGCAGUUACUUGCCCUCUCCCUCCUGGCCGCUUCGGCAUCCGUGGUGGAUGCUUGCGUGAGCGAUCAUCUCAUGGACCGAUCGUUUGACAUGAGGCAGUUGGACCUUGCGAAACGCAGUAGCAAACCACCUCCAGCCCUCACCGAGCAAGAGUCAAUAUUGGUGAACUCUUUCGACAACAACACCAUCAGCGAUUGGCUAUACUACUAUACCCAUGGCCUGCACAUCGCCGGAACCAACAAGACCAUGGCUCAAUGGACUGCCGAUAGGUGGACUGAGUUCGGCGUCCCAUCAUCUCUUGCCGAGUAUUACGUCUAUUUAAAUUACCCAGUCUCCAGUUCUCUGUCGCUCACCCUCGCCGAUGGCACUGUCUGGAACGCGGAGCUUGAUGAAGAUGUGCUCGCCGCCGAUGACACCACUAGCUACCCCAAUCGCGUGCCCAUCUUCCACGGUUACUCUGCCUCUGGAGACGCAAAAGCUGAAUUUGUCUACGUUGGUCGCGGUCAACAAGUUGAUUUUGACAGGCUUGUUGAGUUGGGCGUCGAUCUGAAAGGCAAAAUCGCCAUGGCAAGAUAUGGCGGCCCCUUCAGAGGAUUGAAGGUCAAGAAUGCCCAAGAUUAUGGCAUGCUUGGAUGCGUUAUCUUCACAGACCCGGGUGAUGACGGGAAUGUGACCGAGGCAAACGGCUAUGUUGCUUAUCCAGAUGGCCCUGCCAGGCAACCCUCAUCCGUACAACGCGGAUCAGUUCUGUUUUUGUCCACUGCUCCUGGUGACCCUACCACUCCGGGCUAUCCCUCGAAGGAAGACUCGCCUCGUGCGGACACCAGCCCCGUGGUCCCGAAAAUCCCAUCUAUCCCGAUUUCCUAUGCCAAUGCUCAGAAAAUCCUAGGCGCCCUCGAUGGACAGGGCCAAUCGGCAGACGCUGUCAAUCGAACCAAGUGGGUAGGAGGCCUUGAUGUUCAAUAUUCUAGCGGCCCUGCUCCUGGAGUUGAGCUCUCCUUGUCCAAUGUGAUGCGCGAUGAGGUUGCUCCCAUCUAUAACCCAAUUGGAAUCAUCAACGGAACCAAGGAAGACGAAGUCAUUGUGGUUGGAAACCAUUGGGAUGCCUGGAUCAUUGGUGGUGCUGUUGAUCCCAAUUCUGGAUCCGCCGUCAUGGUUGAACUCGCGAAAGCGCUCGGCAAGCUUCAAGAGUCGGGAUGGAAACCAAAGAGGACAAUUGUUCUGGCCUCUUGGGAUGGUGAAGAAUACGGCCUUCUUGGCUCCACCGAGUGGGUUGAAGAAUACGUGAACUGGCUCAAAGAAACUUGCGUUGCCUAUGUCAACAUCGACUCUGCUGUUUCUGGUCCACACCCUGGCCUCUCUGGCACCCCUGGUCUCCACCAACUUUCCAUCGAGCUAAUGAAGAAGAUCUCCUGGCCCUACAAGGGAGACGAGUCCCUUACCAUGUAUGAUAUGUGGCUUGCUGGCAGCAAGGGACAAGUGAAUGUCGGCUCCUCCGGCGGUUCUGGUGACCCCGUCUAUCACUACCAUUCCAACUAUGACUCCUUCCACUGGGUAGACACAUACGGCGAUCCCGGUUUCGUCUUCCACAAAGCAAUGGGUCAGUACUUGGCUUUGCUCACGUACCAUCUCGCCUCAGACGACAUUAUUCCAUUCGAAGUGAACAACUAUGGCCCCGAGCUCGCAAAAUAUCUCGCCUCUCUUCGGAAGGUCAUUGAUGCAUCUGGGCUCACUGUUGACUUGUCCCGCUUGGAGGCGGCCAUGGAGGUCCUUAACAAGGCUGCGAAGGCGACCACUGAACUGAGGGACCAAGCUAUUAAGACCGGAGAUGAGCGCCUCAUUGACCUCGUCAACGCUAAGUUCCGCGACUUUGAGAGAGGCUUUGUUAGCCAGGGCGGAUUGCCCAAUCGGGAGUUCUACAAACACCUUAUCUGGGCCCCUGGCCUUGACACUGGAUAUGCCCCCACAACAUUCCCUGGCAUCACAGAAGCAGUCCAGGGUGGAGACCAGGCUCUUGCUCAAGAGUUCGUGGAGAGGACAAGCAAUGCCAUCUACAUUGCUGCUGGAAUCCUAACGCCAUAA